AUGCUGUCUCUGUUGGCUGGUGCCCUGUUCACCACUCAGACCCUCGCUGUCAACAAUGGCCUCGCUAGGACUCCUCAGAUGGGUUGGAACAACUGGAACUCUCUAGGCUGCAAUGUCUCCCAAUCUCUACUCCUUGAUACUUCAAAAGUACUAUUGGACAGUGGUCUGAAGGAUGUGGGAUAUCAGUACGUGGUGCUUGACGACUGCUGGUCGGACGGUCGAGACCAUGAUGGUUACCUUCGCUCUGAUAGCAGGAAAUUCCCAGAUGGCAUGAAAUGGAUCGCCAAGCAGCUGCAUGAUAUGGGCUUCCUAUAUGGCAUGUAUUCGAGCGCAGGUGAGAUGACUUGUGCAAGAUAUGCAGGUUCUCUAGACCAUGAGGAGAAGGAUGCUGAGAUAUGGGCUUCUUGGGACGUUGACUACCUCAAGUACGACAAUUGCUACCAUAUGGGUCGCUUUGGAUAUCCCGAAGUAUCCUUCAACCGUUAUAACAAGAUGGCCAAGGCUUUGAACAGCACUGGCCGACCCAUCCUCUACAGUCUUUGCAAUUGGGGCGAGGACUACGUCCACACUUGGGGUAUGUCUAUCUCAAAUUCCUGGAGAAUGUCUGGUGACAUUUACGACCACUUCAACCGACCGGACACACUGUGUGCUUGUGACGAUCCGAGAGACCCUUACUGCAUCGCCCCUGGAUCACACUGCUCUGUCAUGAACAUCUUGAAUAAAGUUGCAGUCUAUGCUGAUCGAGGCCAACCUGGGGGUUGGAAUGACCUUGAUAUGUUAGAGGUAGGGCUAGGUGGGAUGACGGAUGACGAGUACAAGGCACACUUCUCCAUGUGGGCUGCUGUGAAGUCCCCAUUGCUCAUCGGAGCCGACCUUCGCAAGCUGAAUCCCAAAGCAUUGACGAUUUUGAACAAUCCUGCCGUUAUUGCCGUGAACCAAGAUCCGAUCGGUCGAUCCGCAUUUCGAAUAUUCCGCGAUGAGAAUGUCAAGAAAGAUAGAUACGGACAGGGAGAGAUUCAGAUUUGGAGUGGUUCUCUCUGGCCUCACGACCAGCUGGUCAUAUUCCUCAACGCUGCGGAUGAGGAUUUGGAAAUGAAAACCAGUCUCAAUGACAUCUUUGUGCAUGAAGGUACAGAAGGCUCGGCCCCGCAGACCAAACUGGAGUUCGACAUCUAUGACUUGUGGGCAGACCGGAUGGACGACUUCACCGCCGAACAGAUUCUGGAUGGAAAACAUCAAUACAAGAAGAAUUGGUACAACUCCACUGAAACCCCCUACAAGAUUGGCCUCCAACAGGGAGAUGCAAGACUGUUAGGAAAGCGCGUAGGCAGUAUCGGGCCUCAGCAUGAUGCUCUGAGGGCCAAGGUGCCUCGACAUGGAGUCCGCAUGUUCAGAUUGCGCAACUUGAACGAGUCUGCGACCAGGUACUCCGUGAUCAAGGACGAGCUAUGA